AUGAAUGAAAGAGAUGAAGAAUAUGAUUCGCUCUACGAUGUUAUAUAUGAUUAUGAUAUUAAUGAAGAAUUUAUAAAUGAUAAUAAUAAUAAUAAUAGCAGAAUUAAAUCUGUAAAUUGUGAUAUAAAAGAUAAAUUAAUAAAUGAGAAAAAGUUAAAUUCCGAAUAUGUAUUGAUAGAGAAUAAAUAUAAUGUAUAUAAUGGAGUAAAUAAUGAAAAAAUAAUCAAAGAAGACGAAUUGCAAAAAGAAGAAAAAAUAAAUACACUAUCGUCACACGAAUUAGGUUAUAAUUUUACUUACGCUCAGAAUACAGAAAAAAAUGCAAAAGAGCAUAAUGCACGGUUCCAUGAUGCUACAGCAAAUUUAAAGAAAAACGAAGUUAUCAUUGUGAAUAGUAUCGAUUUUAAAAAGGAAGAAGAAAGUACUUUAUUAUUCAAAAAAAAUAAUAUACAGAGUAAUAGUAAUUAUAGUAGUAAUAAUAAUGGAAAUAAUGACAAGUUAAAUGUAAAUAAUGAUAAUAUAUGUGAAAAUAACAGUAUACAUUAUGAAAAUGUAUUAAAUGAGGGAGAAAGAAUUCUUAACGGAAAUGAAGAGAUUAUGAAUAUUAAAAAAAAUAAGACAGAACUGAUUGAUAGAGGGGGAAGAGGUUUUGAUAAUAUGUCAGAGAAGACAUGUGAAAAGGAAAAAUGUUACGCAGAUUAUAAUGAAGAAACAGUACUUCAUCAGAACAAACCAUCAGUUCAUAUGAAUAGCGAACAUAGUUCUUAUGAUAUUAAUGGAAAAAAUUUUGAUGGCACAAUUAAUGGCAAAAAUAGUAUAGGUGAAGAUUACCGUAAGGAGAAACGGGAAUUAGCGGAACAAGAUGAUGUUCAUGUUGUCCAUAAUGAUAAUAAUAAUAAUAAUUGUUAUUAUGAUAAUGAUAUUGGGGUAAAAAAUGAUGGUUUAAGUAAAAAAUGCGAACCUGUGAUAUUGAAUGAAAAUAUAUAUAAUUAUGAAAAAUAUUCAGAAGGUUGUACAGAGAAUAGUCAACAAGACAUAAGUGGGAAACAAAAAAAUGAUACAGAUGAAAAAAUGAAUACGAAACAGGAUGAAAAAAAAUAUUGUAACAAUAACAAUAGUAAUAACAACAGCAAUAAUAAUAAUAGUAAUAACUGCAGUAAUAACAGUAGUAAUAACAGUAGUAAUAAUAGUAAUAAUAAUAAUAAUUGUACGUAUGGAGAAAAUAAAACGAAAGAGGAAAACGCAAAUAAAAACACUACACAAGAAAAUGAAGGCAGAUGUACAUAUGAAUGUAAUAUUUGUUUUGAUGAUGUGAGAGACCCUGUAGUAACAAAAUGUGGUCAUUUGUUUUGUUGGAUGUGCCUUUGUGCAUGGAUAAAAAAAAAUAAUGAUUGUCCUGUGUGCAAAGCAGAAGUAUCAAGAGAAAAUGUUAUUCCAUUGUAUGGAAGAGGAAAAAAUAGUAAUGAACACAAAUACACAAAAUUUGAAGAACCUAGACCAACUCCCAAACGAAAAGGUGUUAGAAGGAAUAAUAAUAAUUACUCUAAUAAUUUAGGCUUAAGGGCAUCAUUUGGUGUUUGGGUAAACCCUUUUUCUUUCGGUAUGUCCUACGCAAACAUGUCUGAAGAAUCUUUCUUUUAUGAAAGUAGGAACGAAAAUAGAAGAUCCCAUAUAGAAACGUAUCAAGCAGAAGCUGCUUCUUCCUUUUUCUUUUUUUUAGGAUUUUUUCUUUCCUUAUAUAUUUUGUUUUAUUCUUCCUAA